AGAGACCAGGAGCGCAAACAAAACCGUGACCUCUGUUUAAUGUCCCGUUUCAGAUGGAAAUAUCGGGAAAUAUGCACUACACUGAAAUAAAGUCAGCAGCAACUUCCGGUUCACGUGGACUUUAAAGUUAGCAGGUGCAUAAGUCAGCCCUACUUCCCACUUCAAAACACAAAACGAUGAAAGGCAAUAUUUUUACUGUCACACUGAUAGUUUUUGCAGUGGAUAGCCCAACACUGCUUUCUUUUAUUCCACUUUGACCUAUCUUUCGUUGUUAUUCUGUCCGUUUCAUCUGUGCUGUUAUUAAAUUGGAAUUUUCACCCCUAAAUGGCGGCCGCGCUACCGAAAGCGCCAGCUAGUGGCUGUUACCCCAAAAGCAUCAGAGUUUCGCCUCUAGGUCUUGUAUACUUUUGCUAAUAUCAAGAGUCUGAAAACAAGAUGCGGUACAUGGGAAGUAGCUCCAGAAGAUGGCGGUAAUGCAACACCAAGGAUGCAAGCUGCGUUAAAUGUUUAAUGGUUUAUGUUAUUUAUUUGUUUGUUCGUAGUUUUAUUUAUUCAUUUAUUUUUAACUUUUUAUCUUGUAUAAUUUUUUCGUAUUUUGUCCUGUAUUGUUUUUGAAGUUGUUGUGGUUAUAUGCUUGUUAUUAAGUGUUUUGGCAUUUAAAAAAAAAAAAAGCCAUAGUUAAAACAAUAGACUAUGGUCAAAACCCAAAGAGGAAUGUUACCUGUGCGCAUGCGCGAUAUGGGAUGCACCUGUUGGAGGGGUGGAGAAAUGGUGAUGACGAGGGGGAGGAAAAGUGGAGCAAAUAAAACACAAACCGGCCUCUGAGAAAGACACAGCUAAAUGUUAAAGCGUCUUAGAUAAAAUGCAGUUUUGACUGAGCUGCUCAUCCGUCACUUUCAUCAUAGUUACACUCGCGCUGGUUUCGUUUCGAGGUUGCUGGAGUUUCAUUGGAUCAUUAUGAGACGGAUGAUCGUGUUUGCGCUGCUUCUGAUGCUCCUGACCUCAGGGAUUCUGUCUAUCCAGGUCACCCUCUCUGAGACAGAGAAGCGUACAACUCUUUUUGCGUCUAUCACCUUGCGUUGUGAUUACUCCACCUCAGCUCCGCAGCAGAAUGUGCUGGUCACUUGGAAAUACAAAUCCUUCUGCAAAGAUCCUGUUCUGGACUAUUACUCCACAGCGUACCAGUCUUCCCUUCAGCUGGGUCGAGACCCUGCCAAUGACUGUGUGGACUCGCAACGUACCGUCCGAACAGUGGCUCAGAAACUGGGAUCUAAUGAGGCGGUGCUGGGCGUUGAGUACAGAGAUCGCAAAAUCUUCAUUCAGAACAAGGCUGAUCUGGUCAUCAAUGAGGUGAUGUGGUGGGAUAAUGGGAUGUAUUUCUGCUCUGUGGAAGCACCUGGAGACACAGUUGGAGAUUCAGACCAAGAGAUGAAACUUAUAGUGUACCAUUGGUUGACGGUUCUCCUCAUCAUCCUCGGUGUGCUGGCGCUCAUCAUCCUCUUCUGUAUCUGUUGCUGUCAGUGCUGCCCGCAGAAGUGCUGCUGUUAUGUGCGCUGCCCCUGCUGCCCUCAAACCUGCUGCUGCCCCGAGAAAGCCGUGAUGCAGCACAGGCUGAUGAAGGAGGCGCAGAAGGCCAUGACGCCGUGGAUGAAUGGACAGCCAAUCUAUGCGCCGAUGAGCAACCACAGCUCCUCUUACCAGAUGAACCCCAUGCUGUACGCAGGCCCAGCAUCAGGCAAAGGUGCGAUGACGCCCGUCCCACUGCCUCCACCACAGAUGUUAUCCAUGCCCGGUAACAUGCCUCCUCCCAGCAUUCAUGGUAACGGCAGUGCUCAUGGGACCAACCAAAUGCUGGACUAUCUGGAGAGUCAGAUGCGCGGCAUGGACGUCACCAGCCCACUGUUACAGCCACAGCCUUCCAUCCCACUGCAGCACAUGCCUCCUCCUCCCCAACACAUGCCGCAUCAUGUGCCCUUUUCUGCCGGCCCUCCCAGCAUGCUCUCCGGCCUGGACGAUGGUCCCACCUCACGCAGGGUACUGCCCGGCUCACGAGGAGGACGUCCACAAGCCCCCUCCAGCGGCUCGUCCACUUAUGGUGCAUCCCACCGCAACGACCGCCACUUCCAUCGUCCGACCAUCCCACGCAGCUACAGUCAGGAAGAUGUCCUGGACACCCGGAGCCAGUCCGGAGCACACCGUCCUCGCUCACGUUCCAGGGAUGAUCUGCUGGCCGACGACCGCCGGGGCCCAUCCAGACGAGACAAUUAUUCUCCUUUGCCUCGCCAUGGUUCGUGGAGCUCAGCUAAUGAUGACGACAGCAGACGUGGAGGUGCUCGAGGAGGUCGGGGAGGCGGCUGGUCCAAUCAUCCGCCCAGUUACACCGAGUACGAGCCUGGAAAGAAGCCGAUGAAGCGGCCUGAACGGUUCUCUGAUAAAAAUUCUCGAAGUGGCACCAGUAUAGUCAUCUGACAUCUGCAUCUAAUCCAGAGUGCCUGUAGACCAACUUCAUUGAAGCUUCUGUGUUAAUGUGCACAAAGAAAAAAAACAUCUGUUUUACUGAACAUGUUUGAAGGAUGUUACACUGAACAUUGAUCACUCAUUUUUUUGUUUUAUAUUUGUGUGCAGAGCAGUUUAUAUUAAUGUGAAUAUGAAUAUCAUCUUCUAGUAAUGGCAUUAGAGGAAGUUGUAUUUUAAUGAUAUAGAUUUUAUAGGUUGCUUGGGUUUUAGGAUUUAUCUGUGUAAACUAAAUUUUUGUCAAUAUUUAUAACAUUUUUAUUUUUUGAUUUUUUUUUUUGUAAUGUAGCCACAGCAUUUACAGCAUAGGGAUAUAAUACAAGAAAUUGGUAUGAGACGCUUGUUUGCAUUGAAUGCUAUAACCACUGAAAUGCUAAUUAUCAUGUCUAAUAAGUUAUUGCCACUAGUUAUGGAUUAAUUUCCUGUGAACUUCAGUGAUUUCCAUCUUUGGCUACUUAAACACAAGAAAUAACUUAAACAGAUGUCCAGUGUGAAAUGUGUUGACUGUUUUAUUGAUCAAGCUCAGGUUUACUCCUCAUUAGUCUUUUUGUAAACAGCGUCUUUGUGUGAGACAGAACUGGUAAGUUUAAAAUCAAUCAUUCUUUCAGCCUUGCAUUUUUAUAUAAACUUCAUCUGAAUGUGUGUAUAUGUUAAUCACUGUGUUGCUGAACUACAGCACGUGAACAGCCUCUGUAAAGGGUUUUUUGGGCAUGUUUCUAAUUUGCAAAUAUGAUGGACAAUCUAUUAACAUUUAUGCAUCAUAUGCAUGUCUCCUGCAAGCAAUUUGGUGCAAUUCUUCCUUUCCUAUCUGCACAAAUAAAUCCUGAGGUCUGUAGGACAAGCUCA